AAUUACAAAAGACAAUUGCCUUGGCAAACCAACCGAAGAAAGAAAAGGCAAAGACAGAGCAAAAGAAAAAAACGAACAAAGGAAAAGAAAAGAAAGAAGCUGAAGAAGAAGAAGAAGAAGAAGUUGAUUACGACAAGGAGGUGGUCAGCCUAAUAUUGAUUUUGCUGUGCAUGACAUUCCUUUUUGCCAACUCUUCAUCUACUUUGCAUUGGAAAUUAUUUGAGCACUGCGUGAAUCUAGACACACUUUCAAGCUAUUCGUGGGCAAGAGCUGUUUCAGACUACAUGAAUGAAUCCUUGACCGCAAAAGCAAAAGCAAAAGCAAAGAAGGGAGGAGAAGCCUCUAUAGGAGCUGUUUCGGGUUGCACUAUCCUAAUAUUGUUUCUACUGUGUGAGAGGACAAACAUCAUACAACCAAUCCUUGGCAAGGAGAAAGAAACUCCUGCCAUUCUUAAAUGGAGUCUUGUGGAACUCCACACAAGAUUCAACCAAAUAAAGGACUUGAAUGACAUCGAGGUAUGCAAUUUAUCGCAUGUUCUGUUUUAAUGUAUCUUGAAUGUGAAUCCAUGCUAAAUCAUUCUCAUUG